GCCGAGCAGCGAGCGGAGGGAGCUUUCCCAUGGUCGACUCUAUUUCUGUCGUGGUCCUGUGACAGGCUCGACGUAUGAUAGAGGACUGCGAGGAGCAGGCUGCGCUGAAGGUUUCGGCCGAGAGCUUAUCGUUGGAAAUUCGUCCUGCAGGUCGAUAUCUGAACCUACUGCUGCUGUACCUCCUACUCGAUUGCCAUCAUCCAUGCAUUCAUGGGAGAGCGAUGGCGUAGCUAGAGCCGGGGCUCCUAUGGCUUCCGCCGGGACCGAGGCCUGUGUCGGGCUAGAGUUCAACGUUCGAGCGAGCUGACUUCGCAUUCACACCGAUUGCGAGUGCUCGGAAUUAGCUGCAGAUGCUGCUUCAUGGGAACUGUGUGAAGAGUCCAAGUCCUCGAGGAGCUCCAGAGAGCAGCAGCUUAGGAAACGAAAGUGCCAGUGCCCGGCUCGUGCGGGAACAAAAUGCGGACGAGCUUCUGAUCGUCUGUGGAAGCAAGCCUAGCUCGCGUGCUGCAGCUCCGGAGAUCCUCUCCGGGAGACCUUUCAUCUCGCAGCAGGUACGAGGGCUGUGAUCACGACCUGCGGCAUUCUCUGCCUUUUGCCAGAGCACAGCGCUGCGUGUAGGCUGCAAUUUUGAGUACGUCGAGCCAGUCCACUGAUUGCGCUGUAUAGCAAUCACGCACCUGAACUCGCGCAUGUGAACCUCCGGGCCCAACCUCCAGGAGGGAAAGCCUGCCGAGCAUGAGAGCCCUCGUAUGCGCCGAGGCCAUCUUCUGCAGAUUGUCGAGGAGCGCCAGCAUGCGGCUGUCCAGAUCCUUGGAUGGCUUGCCCGGGAUUGAGAAAUACGCUCGCAGAAAGUUCACGCAUUACGUGCGCAAUACAAUCUCGCUGUGCGUGGCCACUCUUCUCUUCACCGUGUUCCUCUUUCUCAUCUGCACCGUGGACCCGGGAUGGAAGGGCAUGGACCAGCCGUGGCUGCGGUCGGAUCCCAGUGUUCGCCGGAGCGGUCCCGGGAGAAUCCUGCAGAGUACGUCGCUGAAAUUCGAUGACUGGCGGAGAAGCUCAGCCCUUCAUGGGCUCGGAGUCACAUUCCGCAAGGGCAGCCGUGCCAUGAGCGAGCUGGUGGUCGCCCACGUCGAGGAAGCCACCACUGCGGAUGAUCUGAGGCUGUUCCUGCGAACACUCCAUCGCAGCGGGGUGACUGCUCGGGCGGAUGUGGUCCUUCUGUUUCCUAGCAGUCCCGUCCCGAAGGUGCUGGCGGAUGUCGUCAACGAGGAGGAGAGGAGCUGGUGGGAGAUCAUGUUGCAAUUGCAGUCGACCGCCGCUCCUCACUCCAGCAAAGAGAGCAGCGGUGAAGCGACGGAGGAUUCUUCGGCGAAUCGUGAGGGCAGAAAUCUGCAGGAAGCGCCCUCGACACCGGUCCAUGUCGAGUUUCCCGACUCCAAUUCGUCGCUCAGCUCGUUCCAUGCCACGGCCUUCUGGAAGGCGAGGGAGGAGGGCAAGCCCAGAGGGGACGCUUUCUGGGGCGGGAGCACAGCCCGAAGCGACGGAAUGACGACGGCUGUGGAUUGGGGCGAUUGGGGCUCAGUGGUGGGCUUCGAAAUGCAAGACCUGGAUUCGGACGAGGCACUGAAGGGCUUCAUCGAGGAGCCGCCCGCCCGUCUCCGAAGGUGGAUAAGUUACCAAAUGCUACUGGGAAUGGUGAAAUCCAAGUUUCGCAGUGUGCUCCUGGCGGCGGUGGGAGAAGUUUUGGUGAUGGGGGACGUCUUGGCCGUGACUCGUAAGAAGACGUACGACCUGGGGCUUCUUAUGUUCCAGGAAGAUCGAACGUGGAAGGAACUCCAUAGCUCGCACAUUGAAAUGGCGAAGAAUAGCGCUCUCGAGGAGGCCAGCGUCAGCCAGCCCGACGAUCGAUCCCAAGGAGUAGUAGGCCUCAGGCUCGAUGAAACAAGCUCGGAGGCUCAGGGUUUAGGAGUUGCAGGAGAGGAAUUGGCCUCGAGCGAAGGACAGAGGAGCGGCGUCGGCAGGCCAGAAUUGCAAUUCAUCGAAGAGGUGUACGGGAAGGAGAAAUGGAAAGUGCUGGAAGAGGAAGACAAGGAGAAGUCCGUUCUUGGCUCGGGGCUCAUCAUGGGUCACAUGAAGCCGGUGAGAAGUCUGCUGGGGACGAUGGGUACGGAGAUCGUGGGAGUUGCUGCUCUGGUCCGCAAGAGCAGGCAAAGUUUCAGCGACCGACCUCUUCUCAAUUUCCUGGUCCACAAGAGCACCGUCCUCAGCAAGCGAGUCACGGACAAACUGCAUAUCAUGACCAACCGGAACUCCAAUGUGCAUUCCCUGCCAGGAUCGAAGCAGCGAUCCGUCUUCUACAAGCAGAGUGGGGGCAGGUUUGCCGCAUUGCAGGGUCUGAAGGAUGAGCUCGUGGACGCAAACAUGCACUCCACUGUAUUGAAAUCCGUCAUUGACGACAUCUGCUCUUCCCUUGCGGAUUCCAAAUUCUAUUCAGAUUGCUCGAGUCCGAAUUCUCUUCUUCUCUCGGAGACACGCAGCUAGAAUCGAAGUCGGCUAACACGAUCUCGUCUACGCAAGGCGAGCGGCCAGUCGGGGCGUUUCAAACCCCUCCUCAUCCAGUUUUAAUUUUCCGAUGCGGAGUCAUCGUGCUUUAGCACGAAGUCGUCCUCCUCGAGCUGUCAAGCUCAACGUCCGACACCAAAUGGCGGCCCAUGUCCUGGCGGCAUGUGAGCGGAGGGAUCACCAUUCAACGUCAUUUGUUCUCGACAACGCAUCAAUGGCACGCAAUCGCGUGCUUCCAGCGAGCAGAGAUAUCCGAGUCCUGGUUCGUGAUUUAGCAAGAGACUGGAAUAUUUAGAAUUCUUUCAACACAGUUGAUGUAUAUUUGUAUGUGAGAUAUGUGACCGGGCAUAGGAACAGAGCAGUUUUUCUUCCAGAGUGUACAUUACGAGUUUGAUUCACGUCCAAAUAGGAAGGGAUCAAGAGCGAGGUUCUCGAUUUGUCAUGGAGAUCUGUCUUCCGUGACGUGAUCUCAGUGUACGUCAUCUGAACCGCGGAAGCCACAAGCGGAAUGUUAUAAUUUGCAACCGAAGUAAAGAGAGCUUGAAAGCGAGUUUUGCACCCCACAUCCGCGUCUUGCAUCCCUCCCCCUCCCCCUCCCUCCCUCCCUCUGACCACCAAUCAG